AGAUAAGUAGAGCGACCGCUGCGUCCGUCACUCACACGGCCUCGACAUGCUGCGACUAGGCGUCAUGCUGGCAGCGCUCACCAAUAGCAGUGAAACCAAUUCGCCUGAAGAGCGCAACUGCACGCCGCAGGACUCUGAUGACUUUCCGGAGGACCUCUUCUCUCGCGAGCAAAGGCAGCAUGGCGCACUGCUGCUGCACGUGUUGGCAGGCUUCUUCGCUUUCUCCGCCAUCGCCAUCGUGUGUCGCGACUUCUUCCUGCCCUCUGUUCACUGCAUAUGCCACAGGCUACAUAUCUCGAAGGAUGUGGCGGGGGCGACAUUCAUGGCAAUGGCAACCUCGAUGCCAGAGAUGUUCGUCAACAUUAUCGGCACGUUCCUGACGGAGUCAGACUUGGGGGUGGGCACCAUCGUCGGCUCAGCCGUCUACAACACGCUGGCCGUCGUCGGCAUCGCGGGGAUGUUCGCGCCUAUGACGCUGCCCCUGGCAUGGUGGCCGCUCACCAGGGACUGCCUCAUCUACCUGGUAGCUAUCGGCCUGAUGACGGCCGUGCUGUGGGACUCCAUCGUGCACUGGUACGAGGCACUCUUCCUGCUCGUGCUCUACUUCUUCUACCUGGUCAUCAUGUACUUCAACAACCCGCUGCACCGCUUCGCCGACUCCAUAGUAGCGCGGUUCGCCGGCACCACACCUCGCUCGCCAGGUGUAUCGACAAUAUCCAGAGCCGUCGACAAGCAGAAUGGUGUAGCACAAAACUCCUCGGCAGACUUGACGGCGUCUGACAAGUCUCUGGCAGACACUGAAGCGGACCAGUUGAGGCGGCAGGAAGAAGACGAGGACGAGGAGUGGGUGAUUGUGGACCUGUGGCACUUCCCUGGGGACUCGUCACUCGUCCUGAAGCUGUGGUGGCUCUUCUCGUGGCCCAUCAACCUGGUGUACUCGCUGACCAUCCCCGACUGCCGCCCCGAGAACAAGCAGCACCUCUACCCCUUCACCUUCGUCACGAGCGUGGUGUUCAUCGGCAUGACGUCCUACCUCGUGUCCUGGAUGAUCACCAUCAUAGGAGACACCUUCUACAUCCCCAGCUCCGUGAUGGGGCUGGUGUUCGUGGCGGCCGGGGGAGACGUGCCGGAGACUGUGUCCAGCACACUCAUGGUGCUGCGAGGCGUCGGGUCGAUGGGGCUCAGCAACUCCAUGGGCGCCAACACUCUGGACAUCCUGCUGUGUCUGAGCCUGCCGUGGCUCAUCAAGUGCUUGCUGCCCAGCAACGACACCAAGUCGAUCACCAUCAUCUCGCACGGACUCACCUACAACUGCCUGUUCCUGUUCGGCUGCGUGGUCUUCCUGUACUCCACCAUCGCGCUGUUCCGCUUCAGGAUGACCAAGAAGCUGGGCAUGUGCUGCUUCUUGCUGUACCUGGUCUUCAUCACGCUCGCUGUGCUGCUGGAGAUGAACGUGCUGUUCCAGAUCAACCUGCCGGUGUGCGAAUCGUAGCCCGGCUCCCUGUUGCACUCGCACAUUUACUUUCCGUUUAGGUCUUUGCCAAUGUGCUAUCUUACAUCCCGACACGAGUGGAGGCACAUAUGGACAUGGACUAUAGAUAAUUUGCCACUGCAGUAAAGUGAGUAAUUUAACUAAAAUUAAUUAAAUUUAUCAUAAAAUUGAGUGAGAAAAAGUUUCAAGUCUUAUGAACUUAUCACAUGACUUAGAAAGUUCACAAAAACGAGAUAAGGAUACAACUUUAAGUAAUAAUAUAGGUAUUGAUCUUCCUGGCAACAUUGUGCUACCAUUUUAAAUUUCACUAACAUUAAAUAGAAAAUUACUUGUAAAAAUUAUUUUAUACGUAUCAAAUGUUGUUAACCUUACCGUGAUUUAAUUAAAUCACGACCAAAGCAUAUGAACAUUUACAAACAAAAAUCUAGGGAAAUUAUCUUUAUGCCUAGAUGUGCGAAUCAGCAGGAGAAGUAGGUAAAGUUGUUUGAACAACAGUUCUAGUGUCCGUGUCUCUCGUGCCACCUGUUCGGCCGUCAUCUCCACACGUGCAUAGGGCCUACGUUCUGCCAGUACGGCUUGCAAACAAACCGCACAGUUCUACCAUGGUUUCGAUAUCAUGAGUUCCAAUAUGAGAUUUUAAUUUACAAAUACUCCGACUUAAGGUCGAAUGGUAUGUUAUAGUUUACUUGUAAUUAUGGCUGAACAGAAUGUUUUAUUUAUGUAUUUAAAAAUUAUGAUAUUAAGGUAUUAUAAAUUAGACUUAGUAACUUUAUCAUGUAAUUACUUUCUUCUGCUGGUUAAAUAAUAAUACUCAUUUUUAUGUUAGCAAAUAUACUUUGUGAAUACUCGCAUAUUUAUGCAACACUUGUAAGCCUUCUACUGAAAUGUAUUAAAGAAAAUUCCAUAAA